AUGCUCAUCACCAACAUCCUCACCGCCGCCACUACGGCCUGCGCCAUCUUCGCCCCCGCCGCCGCGGCCUACGACAUGAGAGUCAAGAAGUACGGCAAGACGGACUGCUCCUCGUCCGGCGGCGGCAACCUGGACUGGAACGCCAACGAGUGCCACGCCCUCUACAGCACCGAUUGGGGCAUGAAGGUCAUUGACUACGACACCAAGUGCAAGAUGAGAGGAUACAACAACGGAAACUGCAGAGGCAGUGCGGUUACUGCUUUCAGCACCAGGCAGUGCCACUCUUUGAAGGGAGUCUGGUCCGUUCGUGUUGAGUGCGAGUGA